UGUCUAUAAACAUUGCAAAUCAAGAGGACCUAUUUUUCGCUUCGUGUGCAGGAAUGGCUGAAGGGGGUAAAUCUGUCACGCCCCGGGCUAAUCGCAGUCUAGAGAACGUUUGCAUCGAGUCUCCUUUGGUUAGUGAUGUGGACAAGCGCCUUGAGGAGGCAGACCGGGAGAUCGCGCUGUUAGAGAAAAAACUGGAGUCGGCCAGAUUGAACAGUGCAUUAAAGGACAGAAGGAAGAAGCGGGAUGAUCUUCAGAGGCAGUUAGAUGACAUCCAGCAGGAUCAGCCUCAAUCAGCAGCGACUGGCCUUGGUUCAGACACUGCCUGGUCACAGCUUAGGAAAGAUCUCAAGGUGUCCGCUAGAGCAGCCUUCGCUGAGGGUACUUAUAGAAAUUUCCGUACACAAUGGAAAGCUUAUUUUCUGUUUUGCGAAGCGUUCCGGAAACAGCCGUUGCCGGUAAGCACGGAGAUUAUAUGCCUUUACGCUCAGUUUUUAAGUCGGACUUUCAUCAGUGUCGAUUCUAUUCGCAACUAUAUAGCGGGAGUCAAAACUCUUCACAUGUUGCUAAACUUAAAGUAUGACAUUAGACAAUAUGAACUGAACUUAGUUUUGAACGGUUUGUCGAGGUUGAACCCACAUUGUCCCUCUCAAGCGAAACCUAUCACCCCUCAGAUUCUCGGUAAGAUACAUCAGCGACUAGAUCAUGAUGAUCCAGAGGACACCACUCUGUGGUGUAUGUUUUUAUUCAGUUUCUAUCUCAUGCUGCGGAAGUCUAAUUUAAUGCCUAAUAGUAGUCACAAAUUUGACCCUAGUAAACAUCUUUUACGACAGGAUAUUUUAGUAGAGGAUGGGGUCCUCUUGGUUGUCGUAAAGUGGUCUAAGACCAAUCAAUUCGGACAUCGGAUCGUGCGUUCCCCUCUGGUGGCCAUUCUUGGGUCCCCACUUUGUCCUUUACAUGCCUUUGUUCGCAUGACUGAUCUAAACCCUGCACGUCCCAGGGCCCCAGCCUUCCUUAAGACUACAGGAAAGAAAAUUGUCCCCUUUUGUUACCCACAAUUUCAGCAGAGGCUACGGGAACUUAUUCAUAGUGUAGGCCUAGAUGCUGCCUCGUUCUCUUCGCAUAGUUUUCGCAGGGGAGGGGCCACUUGGGCCUUUUCUUUGGGGAUACCAGGGGAGUUAAUUCAGGUGCAGGGGGAUUGGGCCAGCGACGCCUACAAAACGUAUAUCAGUUUUUCCUUAGAGGAUAGGCUUCAGGUUUGCAGAAACAUGAGAGAUGCAAUUUUAGCAUUGCAUCAUUAA